AUGAAGUCGCUAUUCUUGUGGACAACUCGAAUCUUGAGUUUCUCUCUUGGUCAUAGGACCAAUGCAAUCGACGUGAGUGUCUGUCUUGACGCCACGUAUGCAUUGGUAUCAAGUCAGAAAAGCGAUAUCUGUUCUGGUCGUGGUGACAAUUCACUUGGAAGUUUAUGUCCAUUGAAAGGUGAAGUGGCCGUUGGCGACUGUCAUCCGUUUUUGCCUUCGUUCCUUGUGGAUGGAGGAGGCUGCAUCUUACAAGAAGAUACCGAGUGUCGAAUUAUCAUGGGGACGACAUGGGGCUGUGUAUUGCCGUCUAUUGGUUGUAAACAACAGGAAACAUCAUGUCCGACAUGGGUCGUGACAAACUCAGAUGAGACCGUGAACAUCGAUGUCAGCCACUCCGUUAAUGGGAACGAGAAGUAUGACGACAACUGGUUCGUCCAGACGUCACCAGUGACGAAACUCUAUAAUUGUGGAGACAAGCCGACGCCGGCACCGACACCGACAUCGACAGAAGCUCCGACACCGGCGUUGACGGAAGCUCCGACGCCGCAACCAACAAUAUUCGCUCCAGCACCGAAGCCAUUAGUAUCGAGCAUUUUGAAACCACCCGUAAUUGAGCCGCCGACUGCAUGCCAAGGUGGGAAUCAAUGA